GUCUCCUCCAUUUUGUGCUGCGGCGGCAGCUGCGGCUCUCCCGCCUCGCAUUCUCCCCGCCUCGCCCCGCACGAACGAGUCCGAACCGCGGCCCAUGGCGGAGAGUCACUCACCGGCCGGGCUGGCGGAGGCUGCGUCCCUGGCUGGGCCUGGCAUCCCCGGUUCGGAGUCGGAAAGCCGGCGGCGGCCGCUGAGCGAGCUGCGCGUGAUCGACCUGCGGGCCGAGCUCAGGCAGCGCAACCUGGACAGCGGCGGCAACAAGAGCGUCCUCAUGGAGCGCCUGAGGAAGGCUAUUGAGGAGGAAGGAGGGAAUCCUGAUGAAAUUCCAGUGGUUUCAGAAAAUAUCAUGAAGAAAACUCCAAAAAGAACCAACAAAGGACGUAGAGCAGAUGAAGAAGGAGUGGAGGACAAUGGCCUGGAGGAGGAUUCUGGAGAUGGACAGGAUGAUAUUGAAGCAAGUUUGGACACCUUGCAGGACAUUGACAUGAUGGAUAUCAGUGUGUUAGAUGAAGCUGAGAUAGACAAUGGCAAUGCAGUAGAUUGUGGAGAUGAUUACAGUGCCCAUAAUAUUCUUGACUCACUGUCUGAUAGCAAAGAAAAUGUUGAUGCAGAAGUGAAAGAAUUUCCAGAUCAACCUACAGAGUUUGCUGUAGGUAACUUGGAGGCAUCCCCACAAUUUUCAGAAAUGAAAGAAGAAUCAAGAGAAAUACCAAUAGUGAUGGUAGAGUUUGAAGAUGUUGGGAACAGUUUAGAUGCUUCUUCAUCAGAUUUAACCAUAAUAAAGGAACUUGAAGAGUUACCUUUGGAGCCAGAAAAUGAGAAAAUACUCGACAUUUUGGGGGAAACUUGUAAAUCUGAGCUACUUAACGAAGAACAACCUCCCGAAGCGGAGCGGCCGCGUGCGCAGGAAGCCAGUAACGCGGGGCCAGGCAAGAGGCUGGCUGAGGAAGAGGACGCUCUCGCUGCCGCUCAGCUGGAGGAAGAUGCUUUAGCUUUGGACAGCAAAUCGGCCCAAGCUUUGGCAAGGAAGGAAGCAAAGCGUUUAGUGGUAGCAAAAGGGGAGACAAGUGAACAGAGCCCCGAGGAAGAGGCCCCGGACUCUGAAGGUGUAGUGGUAGAGACCCUAAGCGAUCAGAGUAGCAAACGCUCCCAAGGCCUGGAAGCCUCUAGUGGGGAGGCAGCGGAGAAAGGCGCAGGUGCCGAAGCCAGAGAUAGCAAAGAAGAUGGCAAGAGAGCAGAAGACAAAGCUAAUUCAGAGGAAUCUUCCCCUGCCACUAAAGAGUCCUCAGCCAGUGAGGGCGGUGAUCAGAAAAAGAGCCCUGUUGAAGACAAAGAUACAAAGGCAGUCACAAAAGAUGAGAAAGGCCGUGUGGGAAGUGGUUCUGGCAGAAAUUUGUGGGUUAGUGGACUUUCCUCCUCUACUAGAGCUACAGAUUUGAAGAACCUUUUCAGCAAGUACGGAAAGGUGGUUGGUGCAAAAGUGGUGACAAAUGCUCGCAGCCCUGGCGCUCGCUGCUAUGGCUUUGUGACAAUGUCAACUUCUGAGGAGGCCACCAAGUGCAUUAAUCACCUCCACAGAACAGAGCUGCAUGGUAAAAUGAUUUCUGUGGAAAAGGCAAAAAAUGAACCAGCAGGAAAAAAGCCUUCUGACAAAAAGGAAGGUGAAACAAGGAAGGAAAAAGACAGGCACCAUUCUGCAGAGUCCAAAUCUGAGAAAUCUGUUGGUAUUAAGAAGGAGGAGAAGAUUGACAAAAAAGAGGAUGCUAAGAAAUCAGAAAAAGAUGAAAAAGAAGGAAAAGAAAAGGAUGAACAAAAGACUGGAUCUUCUGAUAGAUCCAGGGCAAGCAAAUCAGCAAGUCGAGGAACAGAGAGGACAGUGGUAAUGGAUAAAUCUAAAGGAGAGCCUGUAAUUAGUGUGAAAACCUCUGCAUCAAAAGAGAGGAGCACAAAGAGCCAGGACCGCAAAUCGGAGAGCAAGGAAAAGCAGGAUAUUUUAUCCUUUGAUAAAAUCAAGGAGCAGCGAGAACGGGAACGGCAGAGGCAGAGGGAGAGAGAAAUCAGGGAGACGGAGAGGCGCCGAGAGAGAGAGAGGCGAGACCGGGAGCAGCGCCUGGCAGCCAUCCACGAGCGCGAUGAGAGACAGAGGCUGCAGAGGGAGCGGGAGCGGCUGGAAUUCCAACGGCAGCGCCUGGACAGAGAGCGCCUGGAGAGGGAGAGGCUGGAGAGGGAGAGGAUGCACAUAGAGCAGGAGAGGAGACGGGAGCAGGAGAGAAUCCAGAGGGAGAGAGAGGAGCUGCGGCGGCAGCAGGAGCAGCUGCGCUACGAGCAGGAGCGGAGAUCCGCCAUGAGGAGGCCUUAUGAUCCUGACAGCAGGAGGGAUGACCCCUACUGGUCCGAGGCCAAGCGCCUGGCACUGGAUGACCGCUACCACUCGGACUUUGGCCGCCAGGAUCGCUUCCACGACUUCGACCACCGCGACCGCGGCCGCUACCAGGAGCACUGCUUGGACAGGAGAGACUGUGCAAGGGGAAUUCCAGAUCGAGAUGGGCAGCACUACCCCGACGAGCGGCACGGGGGCCCCGAGCGGCACUCCCGGGACAGCUGGGGGGGCUACGGCUCCGACAGGAGGAUGAGUGAGGGAAGAGGGAUCCCCCCACAGACCCGAGAUGGACGUGACUGGGGAGAUCAUGGUCGAAAGUUAGAGGGGCAUCAAGAUCGUACAUGGCAGGGAAAUGUGGAUGGAGGAGUGAUGGGACGGGAUCAUGAGAGAUGGCAAGGUGGUGAUAGAAGCAUGCCUGGUCAGUCAGGACCAGGCCAUGGGAUGACUCGAGGAGGGACAUCAGGGAAAAGCCUCCAAACACCAUCCCCAGAGUCCAGUUAAGAAAUCACCCUUUGCUAAACAAAUCUCCUUAAGUGGACUGUGGUGAUGGUGUUUGGAGGGUGUUCCUGGGGAUCUGUGAGAAAGAAAGCUCAGGGAAAAUGAGGAACAAUUCUUACCUUCCCUUGCUGCACCUGUUGUUGUGCACAUGUGGGAUGGGUUAAGGGGAUUUAUUUAGCCAAGGGUGAUUUCUUUUCUUACUCACCCUCUGAUUUCUUAAUCACCCUUUGCUAAACAAAUCUCCAUAACCCAUUCCACAUCUGCACCAAGAUAAGAAUUGGAUCUCAUUUUCCCUGAGCUGUCUCAGCUCCCCAGGAGCGCCCUGGCAGGGAGCUCUGUCUGUCUGUCUGUCCAGAGGUGUGUGAUGCCCUGGCAGGGAACUGUGUCUGUCUGUCUGUGUGUCUGUCUGUCUGUUCAGUGAUGCCCUGGCAGUGAGCUCUGUCUGUCUGUCUGUCUGCUCAGCGCUGCCCU